AUGGACCAACAAAUCGCGGUAUUACAGCAGCAACUGCAACAGAAAGAUGAACAGAUAGAGCAGUUAGCAGCAGCGUUUGAGCAGUUACGCCAACAACAGAAUGCACAAAAUCAAGCACAGAUUUAUAAUGGACGGACAAAAGUUCUAAAAGAAUUAAAAUAUAUGUCCAAUUUUUCGGGGAACGGCGAAAUCAAAAUAAAUGCAUUCAUCAAUACCAUGGAACAUUACCUAAACGGAAUCUCUGACUUUGAAACUCGUAGAACCGCAAUAAGGACAAUUUUCUUCGACAAAAUAACUGGCGAAGCAAAAGAAUCCAUCAUCAAUAUUAGAGAGACAGACAAUUGGGACCUCAUCAAGGACAAACUAAAACUUCGAUUCCGACCAGAAAUGGAACCGGCAGAAAUAUUUCGAAGGAUCCACACAAUAAGAGCAAACACCGUAGGCGAACUUAUUUUGGAAAUUCAGAAAUUAAAAGCCAAAGGAGACGAAUUAUUAACGUUAGUUACUAACAAAGUGAAAGAAAUUACACAGGGUGUACUUCUCGAUAAAAUUUUACAUGAAAACGAUAUAGAUGAAAUUAUUAAAAUAAUGCAAAGUAGAAACUUUGCAGAUUUGUGUAUUAGGAAAGAAUUCAAAAAAUUUGACAAAGUUAAUAAAUAUAAUGCAAAAUCAAAUGGAAAACAGAGUGGUUAUCAGAAAAAUGAACGAAAUUAUACAACAAACCAACAGACAAAUGACACAGACAAUACAGAACAAUACAGAAGACAUUCUGAUAAUAAUCAUAGGACGAGACGAAACUCUUACACAUUUAAUACAAAUUCUAACCAAUCUGGCCAAUCCAAUAAUCAGAAUAAUAAUUUUCGAAAUAAUAAUUCCACACAAUCUAGAAGGAGAAAUUUCUCAUCGAGACAAACUAGACAAAAUUCAGAUUCUAGGAGACAACGAGAAGAACCAAUGGAAGUUGACAAUGUUCAGAGCCAAACCAAUAAUAAUGAGGUUUCGCACGAACAUCAACAAAAUUUCGUAAACCGAACUCAAUCCACUAACACUGCCUCGGACGAUCUUGCAACUAUUCUUAUUACAAUCAACAAUAUCAAAUACACAGCACUAAUAGAUAUCGGGUCGUCAUUUAGCAUUAUAAAUGAAAAUCUUACUUCCUUUCAAAAAAUUCCAAUUAAACUUUUGAGUUUUAGCACAAUUACAGGUGAAGAUUUCAUAAAGUAUGAAGUACAUACAUCAGCUCCAGAGGAACUGAAGCUACCAAAAGGAGCCUUGAUCCGCUGGAAAGCUCAAAGACUUAAUAAAAGAAAUUAUGAAUUCAUCAUAGGUAUAGAUCUGCUCACUAAUCUAGACGCUCUAAUAGACCUAGAAGCGGAAACAAUUAGGCUUAACAAUCAAGUGAUAAAAUUUGCAAGCAAUCCCUAUUCCGCUAACCAAAUCUGUACCCUCGAAAAAGUUGAAAAAAAUUACUUAGACCACUUACACCUCAAUCAUCUUAAUGAAGAAGAAUAUAAUGGAAUAACCAAAAUAAUUAGGAGAUUCGAAAAUAUUUUUUUCAAAGAAGGAGAUAUUUUAACAAGCACUCGAAAGAUAAAACACGAAAUAGUAACAACAACCGAUAGGCAAAUCAAUUCGAAACUCUACAGAUACCCUCCGAAACACGAGGAAGAAGUUAGAAGACAGAUAAAGGAAAUGGAGGAACAGGGCAUAAUCCAGAAAAGUUUCUCUAGAUAUUCCAGUCCUCUAAUAGUUGUUCCUAAAAAGAAGGACAAUUCUGGUCAACAGAAAUUUCGAAUUGUCAUUGAUUAUAGAAAACUCAAUGAGGUGACGGUAGACGAUAAGUUUCCGUUACCAAACAUUGAUUCUAUCUUAGACAAAUUGGGAAGGGCACAAUAUUUUUUCACCCUCGAUUUAGCCAAAGGUUAUCAUCAAAUCCUUAUCAAGGAGCAAGACCGAGAGAAAACGGCUUUUGUAACUCCACACGGCUUAUACGAGUUUAUAAGGAUGCCUUUUGGACUGAAAAAUGCUCCGGCAACUUUCCAGAGGUUAAUGAACGACAUCCUCAUACAUUAA